GUAGCCCGCCGGGUCCGGAAGGCCAAGACCCGCUGCCGCGCCCCUCGCCGCCUUUCGGUCACACGCGCCUCUUGUAGCGCUUCGGAGCCCUUCGCCCGCCGCCGCUGCUCUUCCUUUCGCGUCCCUCCUCCUAUUCUCCGAUGUCUCCCAAUCUCACCGGCUACUACCGUUUCGUCUCUCAGGACAACAUGGAGAAUUAUCUCCGAGCCUUGGACAUCAAUGUCGCUCUGAGGAAACUGGUUUGUCUCCUGAAACCAGACAAAGAGAUAAUCCACACUGGGGACCACAUGACCAUCCGCACACUAACUUCGCUUCGGAACUAUAACAUGGACUUUGACUUGGGAGUUGAGUUUGAAGAAGACUUGGGGCCGGUGGAUGGUCGUAAGUGCCAGACGACUGUUUUUUGGGAUGGAGAUCAGCUGGUCUGUGAACAGCAAGGAGAGAAAAAGAACCGGGGCUGGAGACACUGGCUAGAAGGGGACCAGCUGCAUCUGCGCAUGACAGCAGAGGAUGAGGUUUGUGUCCAAGUUUUCCAGAAAGUGAAGUGAUCUCCAGCAUAGCAUCUGCCUAGUACCAAAUGCUAACUUCUGGAUGAAGCAGGCCUUAGAGCCCAAAACCAGGACCUGAAUCAAACAAUCAACAUUUCAUACCUUGUCCUAAACUUUCCCUUUUGCAUUAAAAUAACACA